CUUGCCGACGUCGCUCAGCUCCAGGCCGUAGAGAAUUCGGGAAGGUCGCAGAGCCAACAUGGAUCCCGACAGCAAUCAACCCCUGAACAGCCUCGAUGUCACCCCCCUGAGGAAAUCCCGCACCUCCCUGGAGACCUUCAGAAAGGUGGGGAUCCCCAUCAUCGCAGCACUGCUGAGCCUGCUGACCAUCACGGCCGUGGCUGUCCUCAUCAAGGUGGUUCUGGACAAUUACUUCCUCUGUGGGCAGCCCCUCCAUUUCAUCCAGAGGGGGCAGGUGUGUGAUGGCCAGCAGGACUGUGCCUCAGGGGAGGAUGAGCAGCACUGUGUCAAGAAAUUCCCCGAUGGGCCUCCAGUGACAGUCCGCCUCUCCAGGGACCGAUCCACCCUGCAGGUGCUGGACCUGGCCACAAAGAACUGGGCCUCCGCCUGCUUCGACAACUUCACAGAAGCUCUGGCCAAGACAGCCUGUGGGCAGAUGGGCUAUGACAGCAAACCCACCUUCAGAGCCGUGGAGAUUGGCCCAGCCCAAGACCUGGAUGUUGUCAAAAUCACAGAGAACAUGCAGGAGCUUCAGGUGCGAAACUCAAAUGGCCCCUGUCUCUCAGGCUCCCUGGUUUCCCUGCAGUGCAUUGCCUGCGGAGAGAGCCUGAAGGUCCCUCGGGUGGUGGGUGGGGAGAUGGCCUCUGUGGAUUCUUGGCCUUGGCAGGUCAGCAUCCAGUAUGACAAACGACACAUCUGUGGAGGGAGCGUCCUGGACCCGCACUGGAUCCUCACGGCAGCCCACUGCUUCCGGAAGCAUCUCGAUGUGUCCAACUGGAAGGUGAUGGCCGGCUCAGACAAAAUGGGCAACUUCCCCUCCCUGCCUGUGGCCAAGAUCUUCAUCACUGAGCCCAACAUCACGUCCCCCAAAGAGCAGGACAUUGCCCUCGUGAAGCUGCAGCUCCCGCUCACAUUCUCCGGCACAGUCAGGCCCAUCUGCCUGCCCUUCUCUGACGAGGAACUCACUCCAGCCACCCCACUCUGGGUCAGCGGAUGGGGCUUUACAGAACAGAACGGAGGGAAGAUAUCUGACAUACUGCUGCAGGCAUCUGUCCACCUCAUUGACAGCACUCGGUGCAAUGCAGAGGAUGCGUACCAGGGGGAGGUCACCGAGAAGAUGCUGUGUGCAGGCAUCCCGGAGGGCCAUGUGGACACCUGCCAGGGUGACAGCGGUGGGCCUCUGAUGUAUCUCUCUGACCGGUGGCAAGUAGUGGGCAUCGUGAGCUGGGGCCAUGGCUGUGGGGAGCCGAGUACCCCGGGAGUGUACACCAAGGCCACAGCCUAUCUCAACUGGAUCUACAAUGUCCGGAAGUCUGAUCCAUGAUGCUGCUGCCCCCUGCAGUGCUGGCAACUGCUUCCCCCCCCCCCCCCCGCCCACCUGGGGAUCCCCCAGAAGUCAGGCACAGAGCAAGAGCCCCCUUGGGCACACAUCUCUGCCCACACCCUCAGCAUAUCUUGGUGCAGCAAAGGACCUCCAUUCCUGUAAGAGACCCCACAGCCCACAGGCACCCAGGAAGUCAGCAGCCCCAGCUCAGCUGCCUCUGAUGCUCCCAGCAUCCCAAGGUGGGAGAGACACAGCCCACUGAACAAGCCAGCUUCCAGGCUGAGGUCUCAGAAGGCAUUGCUAAGCCAAGAAGGAACCUUCUACUCUACCGAAUGGAAACAGAUGCUCUUCUGAGAGCCCGGAUCACCAAGGGCUGGAGAGAGGCACGAAAGGGUCUGAGCAAACUCUCUCCUUCCCCACCCAUCCCCAAGCCCACCUGAACAAGAAAUCAGUUAUAAUGGAAAAUGAGCUGUCCUGCUGUUAGCACAAACACUGUUUCUUACUAUUGUUUUUAUUGUUACCUCUGUGGCCACUGUUUAUUAAACUGGUACAUGAAGUCUUUGA